UUUUAACUUCCUGUUAUAUAUAUGUGUUAGUUAUUACAUAGUUAACCAACUGACUCUUCAUCAUGUCUAAAGCUAAAGUAAACGGAAAGUCCCGAUCUGUAGGAUUCCACACUGUGAUGGCUACGUACACAACUGCUACUUAUCCAUCACAAAUGGAUAAUUUUAGAACAAAUGGACAGUCUCCGAAAUGUGAAACAAAAAGACAGACUUCCUCAGGAUCAGAUUCACCGCGGGGACAUGUUGGAUUUACACAUCACCGAGAUGAAGAAAAAGAAAAACGUCAAAAAUAUUUAACGGCACGUUACGGACAACACCAAAUGACGUUGAUUAGAAAACGUUUAGCAGUUGAAGAUUGGUUGUAUGAAAAAUUAAGGACAUUACAUGAUUGUAAGAUUGAUACAGAUGACCAUGAUUGUGAAUUAGAUUUAGAAGAAGUUUUGAAUUUAGACACAGACCAAGAAAGAAUUAAAUAUAUUCAGGAAGAAUUAAAGAAUCCAAAACUGUCGCAAGAUGAUAUAAAUGUAUUUAUAGAAGAACUGCUGAAAAAAGCCUCUACAUUAUAGACAUGUGACAGUGUAUAAAAAAAAUGUCUCAGAGGGAGUGUGACUGCAUUGUGUGGGAACCAGUACAAUUAUCUGAGGAAAAUGUGACUGGAUUGUGUUGGAACCAGUACAUUUGUCUGAGGAAAAUGUGACUGGAUUAUUUGAGAAGCAGAUUUUAUUAUGUCAUAUGAUCUCUUCAAGUAUGAAUGUGGAUGAGUGUGAAUGAUCAUGUGAUUGGAACAGCUGACAAUUUUUUUUAUUUAGUGGUGUUAUCUGAAGUUUUUACAGCUUCUUUAUGAUUUUAAUACAUGCUAACUAGUAUAAACAAUUACAUGAAGUAAAAAUAGUAAAAUAUGAUCAAAAAGAUCCUUGUUCAAAUUCUUUAUAAAGUUUAUUAAUGUGCACAUAAAAAAUUAUAAAUCUUUCAGAUUUAACAAGUAGCUCCUUUAUGCCUGAACUAAAUUACUUUUAUUAUCAGUCGCAAGGUUUUGAUAGUUUUAAAAGAUCUUAAAACAUUAAGAUUUCUAUUUAAGAAAGUAAUAAAACAAGAAAAUGUAGGGUCAUACAAACAAAAUAAGUCCAAGAAAUAAAAUUUAGAAAAUGUAGUAUAAAGAUGAUUGUAAAAAUUUUUGAACAUUUUCCCAAUUUCUAAUCAUUUUGAAGCCAAAAAAUCGGUUAUUUAGUUUUAAAAUCAGACUCAAUAUCCUUCAAUCCUUAUUUUAAUGAUGGGAUAAUAACCAAAUUGUCUUGUUUCUAUACUGACUAAAUAUGUAUAGUACAUAAUAAUAAAUAAUUCCCAUCUUUUCAAUAGUACAAUUUUAAGGUUGAAUGGGAAGGGAACCUUUUAUUCAAUAGCACUAAAUCCUUUUCAAUUGAACAUUUUAUAAACUCAGGAGUUUAAAAAAAACAUGAGAAAUUCUCACUCCGUCCUAUUGUAUAUCCUAAGAAGAUAGGGUUUAUUACUAAGAAGUAUGUGUGCCAAUUUAUAAUGAAAUGUUUUAUUUUUUUGUUAUUUAGGCUGUGUUUGAAUAUAAAGAGUGCUUGUGUUUGAAAAAAAUGUAAUUAAUAAAAAGAUGGCAACAAUUUUUUGGUGUUUAUAUUAUAUUUUUUUUCCAUUUCAUCAUGUAAACAUAUUACCGUACCUGUGAAUAUAUGUAUUGUGUGUUUUUUAUUAGAUAGAAAAGAACUCUAUUUCUUUUAAACGUAUAGUUUUAUAUAAAUAGGGUUUUGUGCCAAAUUUUUUCUUCUAUUUUUUUGUGUUUGUUUUCAGAAGGAAAUCCUUGUUUUUCUAUAGCAGUAAUAUGUUUAGAUAACUCUCAGGUAAACAAGCUUUUAGCACUGUAAACAACUCUUUGGCAUUGAAAGAUUACACAAAUAUUCUACAACACUCAUAUUGAAACAGUUUGAGGAAAAUUUAGCGAUUGCUUAAACAACUUCAAACAGCUAGAGACAAUUAUUCAAAAAAUAGAAAUCUAUAUAUUUAGAAAAUGAAGGACUUGAAAAUUAGGACAAUAUGUUCUCUUAAAAAGUACUAAGGGGAGAUAAUUGAAUUUAUGUCCCCUUGGAUCUAUUAAAAGCAAUUACAAAGGGUGGCAUUUGUUCAUCUCCCUUAUAAUGCUUAUAAACACAGUGUUCUGGAGAACUUAUUAAUUUGUUCAGCUUUAUUUUAUUACUUGUGUUGGUGUUAAAUGUUUUGCAUUCUAAGUUUAUAUUUUUCAGUUUUGGGUCUUCUUUUUAAUGCCAUUACCAACAUUUAUGCAAUAUUUUAUUGAUUCCCUUGAUAUUGAUGAAGAGGAACAUUUUGUUCCAUUUUAAUGCUAGAGUUGUUUAGAAUUGUGUUCUAGUCACUAGUUUUGCGUGACAAAUAGACGAUUCAUUUGAACAUUGUAUGAUAUGUAGAUUAACUAGUUUUGUGAAUUUUUUAUCCAUGAAAUGUUCACAUUUAUUGCUAAAUAUAAAUACUGCAGCUGCAGUUUUUUUUAUUAAAGGGAGAAGGAAUUUGUUUAUAAUUUGUUUUUAUUUACCAUGUGGGUUAUUUAUUUGAUCAUAGAAGCAGAGCAAAGGGAGGUAAUUCUUCAACCAGAAGAAAAUAAUUUCAUUAUUUUGAGUUUUGGAUAACAGCAUUUUAAUAUAUAUAUAAUUUAGUUUGUACACUUUUCAUUUCUUAAGAUUCCAAAGGUAAAAAAUGUCAUAAUAUACCAAUUCAAUGUGUUAAAGAAACUUUUUUGUAUGUAGUCAGCUUAUUUCAAUCUAGUGACCAUAGACAGCAGUCACCAUGACAACCAAAAUGUCAUGGGUAAACUUUUGUUUAUUACAGAUUUUUUCAUCAUUAUUUUUGUCCACAAUUUCAACAUGUAUAAAGGUUAUUGAAUUUAUUGGUUGUAAAGCUUAAUUGUGCAUUUUAAAUUUUCUUUACAAAAUUCACUUAUGGGGUUUCAUUUUUUUCACUUUUGCUUUUGCCAUCAGAUAUUUAGCUUAAUGACCCCUGAACUUUUUCAGAAUUGAGACUUUUCAUUCAAUUGCUUAUACACACCAAGUCAUUCCUUUCAAAUUAAAUUUUAAUGUAGAAUAUCAGUCACAACAGAUUGCAAAUGCUUCUAUAUGUUGUAAUAAAAUUGAAACAAUCAAAAUUAAAAAUGUUAAUUAUGCAAUAGCACUAAAAUUUCAAACUAAAUGUUAAACAAAAUUUCAUUUUAAAAUAUGAAUGGAUUGUACCCUAGUGUUUUUUUAAAAUGUCAAACCAUAGGUCUGACAAGUUUAAAAUUGGGUUUCUUGGCAUAGCAUGGUUAAAUGUCAGCAUUGUAAGAGUUUUCAGUUUAAAGCAAUACAAAUAUAAACUGCUGUAAAUACUUAUUAUUAUUUUUAUUAAACAUCUCAAACACAAA